AUCAGCAACCUGAAUGCUUCAUCAAGGAGAGUCUUCAGCUUCAUGUUCACCUAAAUUCAGGAUCUUGUUUCAAGCAGCGAUUAUUCGCUGCCUAACACCUCCCUCUUGCCUCGAAGUCGAGCUCUCUGCGAAGUCUGUGAUUUGACUGCAGUGUUCAAGUUGUUGCCGGUGGUUUCUUGGACCGCUCGACCCACAUCUACCGCUUUCACAAAGGUCAAGGUGAGGUAAACAGCUGCGAGGCGCUGUGUGUGGUUACGGGUCAAACGACGCAUGAUACCAGGUCAAGCGUGGACCGCUGUGUCAAGCACAAGGACCGCUUUCCGCAGAAGUUUGUUUCAGACACUUCAAGUUGUGACUGUUCGUCCCGUCAUAUCGCACAGUCACCGUCAUCACCAAUUCAGCAUCGGCAUUGGUACUCUACGCACCAUGGCCACUUCUACUCCUGCUGUCGGACUCAUCAACACACCACGGGACCCCAACACGCUGGCAAACUACAACAACUGGCGAACGGUGCACACGACGACAUCAUUAGAUAUACUGUUCGAGCAACAGAAGCUGAAGGGCAAUGUGGUGCACAAGCUGGAAGCAAUCACGGACGGCGAGAGCGACGAGAUUCUUCUGGACUCGAGUCACGUGCAAAUCCACUCGGUCAAGGCUAAUGACGAGCCCGUACAGUGGGAACUCCUGAAACGACUGGAGCCGUACGGCAGUGCAUUGAAGAUCAAGCUGGACCAGACUCCCAAACUGAACGAAACGAUCCAAGUGGCCAUCGAGCUGGAAACCACGGCCCUGUGCACGGCCUUACAAUGGCUGACGCCGGCGCAGACGUCGAACAAGAAACACCCAUACAUGUUCUCGCAAUGUCAGGCGAUCCACGCGCGCUCCAUCUUUCCAUGUCAAGACACACCCGACGUCAAGGCCACAUUCGACUUUUUCAUCCGCUCACCACUUCCCGUGAUUGCAUCGGGCAUCGCCGCCAAAGAUAACCCGACCAGUCCAUCCCAGGACGGCAGUUUACAGCUGUACAAGUUCCACCAAUGCGUACCGAUCCCCGCGUAUCUUUUCGCCCUGGCCAGCGGGGACAUAGCAACGGCCAAAAUCGGCCCACGCAGCCUGGUGGCCACGGGACCCGAAGAGCUCGAGUCCUGUCGCUGGGAACUCGAGGCCGACACGGAAAAGUACAUGGAAGCCGCUGAAUCUCUUGUGUUUCCGUACGUGUGGGGCCAAUACAAUGUUCUUGUCUUGCCGCCGUCGUUCCCUUACGGCGGCAUGGAAAACCCCGUAUACACGUUUGCGACACCGACCGUGAUUUCCGGGGAUCGUCAGAACGUGGACGUGAUUGCGCACGAGCUGUCACAUUCGUGGUCUGGCAAUUUGGUUUCUAAUGCCUCCUGGGAGCAUUUCUGGCUCAACGAGGGCUGGACCACGUAUCUGGAGCGACGGAUCCAAGCGGCCGUCCAUGGCGGCGACCAGUGGCGCGACUUCAGCGCCAUCAUCGGCUGGAAGGCCCUGACGGAUUCGGUCGAGCAGUUUGGUGAUCAGCACGAGUUCACCAAGCUGGUCAUCGACCUCAAGGGCAAGGACCCGGACGACGCCUUUUCCAGUAUUCCUUACGAGAAAGGCUUCAAUUUUUUGUAUUAUAUCGAGAAACUCAUUUCGAAGCCCCAAUUUGACCGCUUCAUCCCACAUUACUUUGAGACGUGGCGCGGCAAAUCGCUCGACAGCUAUGACUUCAAGACUACCUUGUUGGAGUUCUUCAAGGAUGAUGAGGUCACAUCGAAAAAAUUGGAUACUAUCGACUGGGACGCUUGGUUCUACAAGCCGGGAUUGCCUCCGAAACCGGACUUUGACACCAGUCUCGUCGACGUCGCGUACCGGCUGGCCGAUAAGUGGGAGAAGUUGGAAUCGGAGUCUACCACAGGCGGUGCUACUGACAGUUUUCGUCCGUCAAAGUCGGAUAUGGACGGGUGGUCCGCCAACCAGGUGGUGGUGUUCCUGGAGCGCGUGUUGGCGUUCAAUAAGGGGCUGUCGGCCGCUCACGCCGGUCUGUUGGGAGAGGUGUACGAGUUGAAAGACACGCGCAACGUCGAGGUCUCGAGUCGGUACUAUCAGAUCGCCAUGCGCAGCAAAGUCGAUGCCAUCAAGCCCUUUGUCACAAAGUUGUUGGGUGAGGUCGGACGCAUGAAGUUUGUCCGGCCCUUGUACCGCGGCCUGAUCAAGCUGGACUAUGAGUUGGCCGUGGAGACGUUUGAGAAGAAUAAGGAUUUCUAUCAUCCGAUUUGUCGGGGAAUGGUGGCCAAGGAUUUGUUUGGUAGCAAACAAGAGAAGAAGAAGGAGUGAAAGAGAAGAAAAGGGACGAAACAGGAAAAGGAAAAGAGGUCGGGGCCACGGCUGUUGUUGUGGUGGUGGAGGUGCGAUAUGAGGUCAGGUCUGGAUACAUACAUAGUCACUCGGAUGUGAAGUACUGUACGACAACAGCCAACCUCGUAGUCGGUUCACUGCCAUGCCAAGAUAUGCAAUGGAUCAUUCGCCUUGCAGAAGCGUUUCC